AUGGGCAACUGCGCGGGCCGCAGCGACUUCGAGUGGGUCUACACCGACCAGCCGCACACGCAGCGGCGCAAGGAGAUGCUGGCCAAGUACCCGGCCAUCAAGGACCUGAUGCGGCCAGACCCACAUAUCAAGUGGACGGUGACAGGGCUGGUGCUGUCGCAGCUGCUGGCCUGCUGGCUGGUGCAGGGGCUGGCCUGGCGCUGGCUCUUCUUCUGGGCCUACGCCUUUGGCGGCUGCGUGAACCACUCCCUGACGCUGGCCAUCCACGACAUCUCCCACAACACUGCCUUCGGCACCGGCCGCCCUGCCCACAACCGCUGGUUCGCCAUCUUCGCCAACCUGCCCGUGGGCGUGCCCUACGCGGCCUCCUUCAAGAAGUACCACGUGGACCACCACCGCUACCUGGGUGGCGAUGGGCUGGACGUGGACAUCCCCACGCACCUGGAGGGCUGGUUCUUCUGCACGCCGGCCCGCAAGCUGCUGUGGCUGGUGCUGCAGCCCUUCUUCUACUCGCUGCGGCCGCUCUGUGUCAACCCCAAGGCCGUGACCCGCAUGGAGGUGCUCAACACCCUGGUGCAGCUGGUGGUCGACGCCGCCAUCUUUGCCCUUUGGGGCAUCAAGCCUGUGGCCUACCUUCUGGCCAGCUCCCUGCUGGGCCUGGGCCUGCACCCCAUCUCUGGCCACUUCGUGGCCGAGCACUACAUGUUCCUCAAGGGCCACGAGACCUACUCCUACUACGGGCCCCUCAACUGGAUCACCUUCAACGUGGGCUACCACAUGGAGCACCACGACUUCCCCAGCAUCCCGGGCUGCAACCUGCCCCUGGUGCGGAAGAUUGCGCCCGAGUACUACGACCACCUGCCRCAGCACCACUCGUGGGUGAAGGUGCUCUGGGAUUUUGUGUUCGAGGACUCCCUGGGGCCCUAUGCCAGGGUGAAGCGGGUGUGCAAGCUGGCAGAGGACCGCCUAUGAGCCCUGCCAGGGAGCCUGCGACCUGACCCCGCCCACACUGCCCGGCUGGCUGCUGCUUCCCCCGUGCCCAUGGGCAGUGCCCCAGACGGGUUUGGCUGCUGCCUCCUUCGUGCCCAUGGGCAGUGCCCCAGACGGGUUUGGCUGCAUUGAUUCUGGCUUUUGUCCCCAGAGCCCUGGGAGUUGCCAUCAGCAGCUAUGCCUGUCAAUAGUGGGCCCAGGCUGCGUCCU